AUGAAGUCCCCCUCACCGCCCCCCCACUGGCCUGCCGACGUCACCUACAUCGCCGAGCAACAGUACCACACCUCCGUCCCAGCUGAAUUGCGUCUGCAGUUAUGUCACGAACGGACGAGCUCACCGACCUUGAACCAGCCUUCCCAGAGGCUGACUAUCAUCCGGCGAAUCUCUGAAUCCGCCCAUCCAGCUUGUGGACAGUUCGGCCUCUUCGCGGCUAAGAAGAUCCCUCCGCGCAUUCAUAUCGUCGAUUACAUCGGGGAGGUUCACUGUGAUGAGAGGCCCGAAUCAGACUACGACCUAUCGCUGUGUCGCACGCCUUCCGGUCUUAGCGUCGGCGUUGAUGCUCGCCUCAUGGGUAACGAAGCGAGGUUUGUCAAUGACUAUCGAGGGAUCAAACCCAGGCCGAAUGCUUUAUUCGAAGAGCGUCGCACGGAGAUGGGCGAGUUGAGGAUGAGCGUAUGGAGUGGUAGCGAUUCGAUCAAGAAAGGGGACGAGAUACUCGUCUCGUACGGUAAAGGGUGGUGGCAGGCGCGUCUUGGGCAACGUAAUGCUUGA